AGCAAAAGACUUUAUAUAUAUAUAAGCUAGGCACACAUACAUAUAUUUGUAAAGAGAAGAGAAAAUCAUAUAUAGAAAUUUUGCUGGCAAAAUGGGAAGUACAAAAACUGAGUCAUACUUUGUUUUCAUGAACUAUGAUCCUGAAUAUGAGCGCCUUCGAGCUGAUAAGACGAAGAAAGACUCAUCAAAUGAGCUUGAUUUAUACCUUAGCCGGAAACAUGAUGAGGUAUUGGCAAGGACCCUUGAGCCUGGAACCUACAAGAAAAUACUAUCUCUCGUCAUCGUCGAUGGCUUCUCUGCCGAGAUCACUGAAGAACAGGCAAAUGUGCUUAGAUCUGCUAAAGGAGUGAGGUUGGUGGAGAAAAAUCAAGAACUCGUUUAAUGUAGCAGAUCAUCUCGAUCCAUAUAUAUAUAUAUUUAUAUAUAUAUAUGUUCCUGUGGUAUUCCGGCCAGUAGUAUAUUUUUAAGUUGUUACCUUAAAGGGCUCAAAAAUUAUAAAAAAAAAGUUACAAUAUAUAUAUAUAUUUAUAUUUGUUACCUAUGUACUAGCACUAGUCUACUUGACUAUUUUAAUGAUCAAGUUGUUGUUUGAAUUAGACAUCUCUCUCUUUGUAAUCUUAUAAUAUUUUUCAAGAUCAAAAGUUUCUUCCAA